AUGGAAGCCCUUGAGCAUACCAAGAAAGUCUACACCCUCAACACUGGAGACAAGAUCCCAGCUAUUGGCCUGGGAACUUGGCAGUCUAGGCCCAACGAAGUCCGAGAGGCUGUCAAGAAUGCUCUUUUGAAGGGCUAUCGUCAUAUCGACACUGCCUUCGCGUACAGAAACGAGACAGAAAUCGGCCAGGGCAUCAAAGACUCCGGUGUUCCUCGCAGUGAGAUCUGGAUCACUACCAAACUCCACAACACAUACCACAAUCGUGUGCAGGAUGGCAUCAAUUCGUCUCUGGCGAGUCUUGGAACUGAUUAUGUCGACCUUUACCUGAUCCACUGGCCUAGCUCUACAGACCCAAACGACAGGUCAAAGCAUUUACCUGACUGGGAUUUUAUCAAGACAUGGCAAGAAAUGCAGAAGCUCCCGGCCACGGGUAAAGUGAGAAAUAUCGGCGUGUCCAAUUUCGGAAUUAAGAACCUAGAGAAGCUUCUCAAGGACCCCAGCUGCAAGAUCGUGCCUGCCGUGAACCAGAUUGAGUUACACCCAAAUAACCCUUCCCCGAAACUGGUCGCGUACAACACGUCGAAGGGCAUCCACUCCACCGGUUACUCGUGCCUGGGGUCCACACACUCCCCCCUCUACAGGGACAAGACCCUGUUGAAGCUGGCCGAGAAGAAGGGCAAGACUCCCCAGCAGGUGCUACUCGUUUGGGGCCUGCAAAAGGGCUGGAGUGUCAUCCCCAAGUCUGUUAACAAGGCACGCAUUGAUGCGAACUUCGACAUCGACGGUUGGGAGCUGACAGCCGACGAGGUAAACCAACUGGAUAACCUGAGGGACCGCUUCAAGGUCGUCGUCGUGUCUCUGACGCCACUACUAUCUAGGUAUGCCUACGAGAAAGCCUAUAAGGCCCUCAAAGAAAAGCUUCCCGACCCGACACAGCAAGUGGCACUCCGCCUGCAGCCUUCCUAUGCCUGGAUUAAUACUCGGCGGCCGAUCAAUCGUGCUGCGGCUAUCCGUCAAUCCCGCGGUCGAUAUUUCUCCACGCGAGCUGCCGGGGGGUUUGUCUCGGCUCUACGAUCUGGAGUUCGCGGCGAUCAGGCAGCCUACCAGAAGUCCCGAAUUGCGUCUAAUAUCGGCCGUCUUACCUCUCGGGCACCUUUUGCCUCGUCGCUGCGUCCCAAUCUGACCGGUGGUACUCUCGGUCGGACAGCGGGAGGUUACGCCGUUGGCGCGGGUCGCUUUGGAGGGGCACGGUAUUUCUCCCAUGGCCCAGCUGCACCUGCACAGGUCAUCAGCCAAGUUUCUGCCGGAGUCCGUGCAUUCUUUGUCUCUGGCAAGAAGGCCAGAUUCGACGGCAUUGACCCUUACACUGGAGAAAAGCGCUACAAGAUCGUCGGUGCUCUGCAGGACCAAGCCGAACGCAAGAUGGCCGCCAUCCCGCGGACUGCCCCGGGCUCUUCGAUUGACUUCCAGAUUUCUCCCACCAUCACUGCCUUUGGCAUGAUGGGCGGCCUCCAGAAGAAGUCUACUGCGGUUGAUAUGGAGACUCUCAACUCGGAGGGCCUCAUGGAUCUACUUUCUGUCGACUUCGCACGUGCCUUGAAGGAUCUCGCUGCAGUCCUCAAUGAUUUGAAGCGUCUGUCCACGCUUGGUGAUUUGCCUAUUUUAUUGCAGGAUCGAUCUACUAUCCGAGUACGGUUCCCCGGAUGUGAUGCGGAGACCGUGGAGCGGCUUUGCGACGAAGUUGGCGUUCAGAGGGGCCUGAUCCUCCAGGACGAAGACUUUGAUGUCCACAACCGCACGGACCUCGCUCUUCUGUACCCCUUUGCGCCGAGCGUGCCUACGUCCCCGGUCUCGGAUUACUUUGCCCUGGAAGAGUCAAAGCUUCGGUGCUCGCCCGACCAGCUCGACUGGAAAGCAAUGAUCUCGUCAGAGGAUGAGACGCCGUUGUCCCCAUACUACAUGCGAAGCCCGAGUAACAGGCCCAGUUUCGAAGACAAAGAGUUGUUCGGUAGUAACCCAUGGAAUUCUUCGCCAUCAGGAUACUCUAGCAUCAAUAUCAGCGAACUUGGAGAUCAGGCCUUCUUCCCGGAGUUCUCAAGUGGAGGGAUGCCUGAGACUGCAUCCGAGUACGAAGGAGCCGAAGGCAUCUACAAAUUUCUUGCAGAAUGCGAUCAAGCCGCCCAGCGUCGCUGA